AACCCCGUGGAUCUGAGCAACCCGACGUUGGUGAGCACCACGCCCAAGUUCCAGGAGCAGUUCCUCAACUCGAGCGGCAUUCCCCAUGAGGUGGUGCUACACCCCUGCCUCAAGCAGCUUCCCCAGAUCUUCUUCAGGGCUAUGCGGGGGGUCAGCUGCCUGGUGGACGCCUUCCUGGGUGAGAAGAAGCGCUCCGUCACUCAGGGUCAAGUGGUGGUGCAACACGGUGCACCUCAAUAGUCUGAAUCAGGGUUGGGGUCAAUUCAGGAAGUUAACAAAUUCCAAUUCCCCUUUUUUUUCCUAAUUGAAAGGCAAUUAGGAAAGUUGUAAUUGGAAUUCAGUUUACUCCCUGAAAUGGAAUUGACCCCAGUUAUUAGGACGUUCUUGGGACAUUGUGUCAUGGUCACCUUAACUUUCUUGGGACGUUUUGUCAUGGUCCCCUGGAGGUUUUGCCAUUUGACAAACUGGGCUGAGGGACUCGCUAUUACAAUCAAAUGGGCCGUUUUAGUUGAUGGUAAUGGUUGAAAUGGGUUAAAAAAGAGCUGAAAGAUGUGACUUGUACUAGUUGAACUGGCUGUCAUUGACAGCUGAUGCCACAUUGGCACUGUUCUGUUUGCAUGUGGGCAUAACAAGUUAGUUGAUACCCCCCUAAUAGUAUUAUGUUUUAAGUGUGUCAAUGAGGCCUGAAAAAGCACAGGCACAAGUAAUAUCGCUCUAUAACCUACUUAUUAACACCUAUUGGUUGUGUGGUUGGACAAAAAUGGGGUUAACUCAUGGGAUGUUGCUCUCUUACCUCUUAACUUAAGAAGUUUUCAAUUUUCUGGUUUCCCUUCAGGUUUUUAAAACCUGCACUUUUUUUCUCUUCCAUUCCUUGAGGUAAUCACUGAUCUGAUCAGGUUGAAUAAGUGAAGGAAAUAGGGGGAAACAAUAGCUUUACUUACAGAUCAGUAAUGACCUCAAGGAAGGAAGAAUCAAUGGCAUUUUAAAGGUAUUGGAACAGAGGCUUAUUCUUACCACUGUAAGAGAGGACAUUCUAUCAGAGGCAGGACACGCCACAGGCAUUGGUUUUUCUGACUAUUGGGUGUGUCUUGUUUUGGGACUCACCCCAUUCUCCUCCGCAGGCAUAUCACGACCCAGGGUUGACAGUGCCCCGCCCACACCGGUCAACAGACUGAGCAUGUCCCCGCCCUCCUCCAACAACACCACGCCCCCACACAGCCGCAAGCAGCGGCACACCGUGGUCACCAAAACCGCCAGCAAGAGUUUAACUGUAAGUCAACUGUAUAGCCUACAAAUCAUGUGCAUACGUCAUCCUGACCUGUGUACUGUGCUUACAUCAGCAGACCUGGUUUCAAACAGAAUUUGUUUUCUUUCAAAUACUUUGAGUGUUCAAUCUCGCUUGCCUGGAGUGCCAGACAGGGUGGGGUUUGCAUUUUCGUGGACUACUCUAUUGGCUCAAUCGCACCAGGGCAAGCUCAAUGCAGUGGCGCUAAAGUAUUUGAAAAAUACUAACCCCCCCCCCCUCCAUACAGGGCAGUGCAGCCCAGCCGGCCAAAGUGUCCGUGUCCCAGCAGCCGUCGUCGUCACCCACCCUGCUGGCCAGCCCCACUCAGAGCAGCUGGGAGAUGCAGCCGCUGCCCGCCCCCGCCAGGCCCAAGGUCAACAGCAUCCUCAACCUCUUCGGUCAGUGGCUGUUUGACGCGGCGCUAGUGCACUGCAAGCUCCACAGCGGCCUCAGCCGAGACCCCAGCAUGACUGGUAAGCAAUGACUGAUCUGACUGGAUGGACAAGCUUCUACCAUUUGUGCGAGUGUGUGUGGUGGGGGGAGGUUGGGUUGGAUGCAUGUCUUUGUGUUGGGUUAAGGGUUGGACUUGUGUGUGUUUUGGGUGGAGUGGGCUGGGGUCAGAGGACAGGGUUUUUUCUCUCUCCUCUCUCUCACUACUUUUCACAUCUGCUAAAGCAUUGUGUGGAAACCGCUCUGACUUCAAGAAGGUAUCAGUUAGUCUAACUGACAUUCCACUCCACAGAACACUGUAGAAUGGAGAAUUCAAUCUAGACGCGCCUUUGCGCAUUUCCCCAAUCAGUACACCCAAUGUCCCCAUCUCCAGCGUUUUAUUGCAGUGGUCACAAUAUUGAAUUUAUACAGUCAGAUGAACACAAUGAACUUCUGCAUGUCUCUGUGUAGUUCCGUCGUGUGCCUUAUGAUUGUAGGAGAUGACGGCACUAUUAUAGGAUUGAUUCUCAAUCCUGUUCCUGAAGAGCCAUAAGCUCAGCAGGGAAAUGCCUGAUUCGGCUCAUCAAGGGCUUGAAGAGAUCAGUUGAUUAAGGGUGGUAUUCAUUAGGGCACACAGUCGCAAAAUGUUUUGCAACGGAAAAUGAAAAUGGGUGUUUCUUAUUGGACAAGUUCAGGUAGUCCCUCCCUUUUUCAGUCAAUUUUCUUCAGUUUGGUGCCAAAUAAAUAUGACCCAGGUGUGAUGGCACUAAGCUGGGAGAAAGACCUGCAAUACUGCGGUUCUUCAAGAACAGGAUUGAGGAACACUGAUUAAGCACAUAUAAAAAGGUAGAAAAGGAAGGAUCAUGGAUCAUAAUGUCCAGGACUGUCUCUUAUCUCAUGUUUUGGUGUUUGUGUCUGUCCUGCAUGCUGACUCUUGUCUACCACGUCUGAUGUUUCAACAGUUUCAGGGUGAAAGAUCAUCCAUUGAGGAGGAAAAACACAAUUCAUGCAUUUAGAAUGAAUUGAGAAAAUAUCGAUAUGCUUUGAUUUGUCUCUCCACUAUUUCUGUUAUCUUGCAGCCUCUUUUAUCCAAAUUCUCCUUUCUUAUAAAUCUUGUAAGUAGGAGCUGCGGCUUUUCUCUUGACUCGCAGUCAGUUCUUUGACUCCUGCUUUGGUUUAAUUUCUCCAUGGUCAUCAUCGCCCAUCAUCGUUACCUUUUACCCCCACCACCGUCAUUUGAGCGUUGCGCCAACGUUCUCUCAAUGUUCUGCGGGUUGGAAAUGGAAUGGGAGCACACAGCCUCGUCACUGUCCCGACAUAGCGUUGCCAGUUUGUGACCACACCACCAUAUUCCAGUGACUUUUUAUUUAUCGUGCCACAUACCCUUUUUGGUUUGCCCUGAAUUCAGCGCAUUGUUCUCUUAUGGUUUCCCCUUGUGUUGUCAGUUCACUUAUAACUUUAUUGACUUUUGGUUUGGUGCCUCAAUGCAUGAAGUAAAUGUCUGUACCUUGAGUGACAUCAUCAUAAUGCAAGUACAAGGGAGCUGAGCUGACACAGAGAUUUUGCGCCGACGUCUUCUUGCAACUUGUCUUGGGAAAAUAUGUUCACCUAAAACUUUCAAACCUCAAUUCCAUUCACUUAGCCCAUGAUAAAGACAACACUUGUUAUGGCAAACUCUGUGUCAGAAGGCCCUUUUUGUGCGCCUGCUGAUUUACGGACGUAUGUGUAAAUAUUUGUGUGAGUCUGUGCGUUUGAAGCCACUUAGGUUUUUAGUCCUUGUCUUAUUUUGUUUCUGCUUAGUGUGUUUGUACAGUUUGUGUGUACAGUAUUUACCUCAGUUUGUAUACUUUUAAUGUGUAUGUGUGUCUGGUUACUUUUCAGUGUGUUUUCAGUGUGUUUAUGUCUCUGUUUCUAUUUGUGUGUUUUUAUCUGUUUUCAGGCGUGCAUGUGUGAGGAUUGUCACCUGUCCCAUUCCGGGCUUCUUUCACUCAUGUGUCUCCUUCUGUCACCUCCACAGCCAUAGCCACUCAGGUGGGUCUGGAGCUGAGAAGGAAGGGAUCCCAGAUGUCCACCGACUCCAUGGUGUCCAACCCCAUGUUCGACACCAACGAGUUCCCAGAGAGCUACGAGGCGGGCCGUGCCGAGGCCUGCGGCACCCUCUGCCGCAUCUUCUGCAGCAAGAAGACUGGAGAGGACAUUCUCCCAGUCUACCUGUCCAGGUAAGACGGCAGUUUCAUCCUAGCGUGCUAGCAUGCUAACGGUGGCUGUAAGUCUGCAGCGCUGCUGUAUGUGGGCCUACGUGUGGAGGUAUCUUAACUCUGCAUUUGUGUUCGCCUUCAAUUAUUCGCUAUUUGUGUUCGCCUUCAAUUUUUUGCUAUUUGUGUUAAUCUUGAAUCUGUCAGGUUCCGCAUAAAGCUACCUGAAUUAAUAUUUUGACCCGCUGCAAGUUCAAUCGCUAUGAUUCCUAUUUUGAUCUGAAGAAACGGCUGUCUUUUCCCUCGCAGGUUCUACAUGGUUCUGAUCCAGGGCCUCCAGAUCUCUGACUUCAUCUGCAGGCCCGUGCUUUCCAGCAUCAUCCUCAACUCCUCCUCUCUGUUCUGCUCCGACCUGAAGGGCGUCAACGUGGUGGUCCCCUACUUCAUCUCAGCUCUGGAGACCAUUCUGCCAGACAGGUGACAAUACAAAAUAUAUAUUAUGUACAAUCCUCUAAAACCACCAAACAUGAACAAGGCUCGAUGUUGAAAAUGGACACUAUUGAAAAAGACCCAAUAGUAUAUUUUAAAUCAAAUCAAAGUUUAUUUGUCACGUGAACAGCAUACAGCAAGUGUAAACAUUACAGAGAAAUGCUUACUUGCACGCUUUUUCAAAAAAAAUUCAGUAAUACUAGCUAAAUCAGAUUAAAAAUAAAAAUAAAUCACACAAGAAUAAAGAAUUUAGCUGUUUAAUGAUUGUGGUACAGUGAACAAAAACCAGACCAUUCUGGUGAUUUACUGUGAUCAUCUGAAUGCAAUGGAAGUUGUCCAGGGGCUAAUAAUAUCUGUUAGCUAAUGCCAUUGAUGGAAAAUACUUGAGCAACCAUAAAAAACCAUAGCAAUACAAUUCAGAUCAUUUCUAUACUCUAGAAAUUCUAAUUCUAGGGUACUGCCCUCUGCUACAGGGAACUGUCUAAGUUCAAGCUGUACGUGAACCCCACUGACCUGAGGAGAGCUUCUAUCCAUAUCCUACUGGCCAUGCUGCCUCUCCCACACCACUUUGGCAACAUCAAAUCCGAGGUAUGGAAAAUGUUGCAUUGUUGCAACCUUGGCUUUUUUUAACAGCGUCUGGUGACUACAUUACAUCAUCUAGUCUAGUAAACAUGCUUUUUAAUAUAUUAUUUCCCAAUGCAGUGGGAGCCCUACACCUUGAUAAGAGUGAUGUGGUGGACACCAGGCAUUUUAAUUAAAGUUAAGAGUUCUGUUAACUUAAGUUGAUGUAGUUAAUGUGGCUUGAUUCUGUGUUGUGGGUAGGGCGAUCGAUUGAUUGACUGAUUUGAUUGAUGUGUAGGUUCUUCUGGAGGGGAAGUUCAGUGAUGAUGAUGGGGCACCCCACGACCAGUCCGUUUCCUUCCUGUCCCUGAGACUGCGUCUGGUCAACGUCCUCAUCGGAGCCCUGCAGACAGAGACAGACCCCAACAACACCCAGCUCAUCCUAGGUCUACCACUCACUACCGUUCUCUCUCUUCCUCUCUCGCUCUCUUCCUCUCUCGCUCUCUCUUGCUCUCUGUCUUUUUUGUCCCUUACAUGUAUUAAAUCUAGAAUUUUUCAUCCUUUCAGGUGCAAUGCUUAACAUUGUUCAAGACUCUGCACUGUUGGAGUCCAUAGGUGCACAAACUGAAACGGUAAGACCUCUAUGAUUUCUGUCGGUGUUGAUAUAAACCUAACUACCGUCAUUGACUCAAAUAAACAAAUUGAUCAAUGUGAUUCAAUGGAGUUGAAUUUGGAGGCUUUGCUAACGCUCUCUGUCUCCCUGUGUUUGUAUGGUACCAGGGCAGUGUGGAUGGGAGCCACGCGGGGCUGAGGGGCCACAGCCGCACCAGCAGUAGCAUCAGCUUUACUAGCGGGGGCAGCACUGGCACUGAGGCCACCAGCCCAGACUCAGAGCGCCCAGCUCAGGCGCUACUCCGGGACUACGGUAAAGCUAGUCCAUUAAAUUAUAACUAGCUAGCGUUAGUACGAUAACCUUUACUAUGAUAUCUGAUUGUAGCCACGUCACACAGACUACAAUAAGGACUUACUAUAUGCUAACUAGCUAGCGAAAACACAAUUGCUAUAUCUACUAUUACUAUGAUAACCGAUUGUAACCAAUAGCCAUUUUCACACGCAGGCUGCGUUUAAAGUCAGACUAGGCGUGUUAUAUUGUGUUUAGCACGAUAGCCAUUACUACAAUCAUUUUAUUUAGCCUAUUCAUUUCACUUAGAUGUUGAAUGUUGUUGCUGUUUCCAUUCACAAGUACUGACACCUGGUCAAUGUUCUAGAAAUGCAACUGUCUCAAUUAACACUGUAUUUUUCAUAGCCAACGUGGUGAAAGUGAUAUACAGAGUUAAAAAGCGCUGGGUAAAAAUUAUCUGUAUGUGAUGCAAGCACUACACUUAUUUGCUGUGAUGCUGUGCUACUGGUCUUGAACUGGAAAAGACUAUCCCUCAACACUAUAUUUUAUAUACGACUCUUAAAAAGCCAUUUCUUUUUUCCUACUGUGUGAAUUCUGUUUUCACCUGUUGAGUUUAACACUUACUUCCGGUUUCACACUGCAUCUGAUAUUUCACAUGAUUAGUGUAUUUUUACUUCUGUGUGCUGUGUUAUGGAAGGCUGCCACAUGAUCAGAUCUUAUUGAGGUCAUUAUUCAGAUAAUGUGUAAUGGGGUGGUCCAUCUGUGGUGGUGGUGUUUUGGUGGUGGUGUUUUGGUGGUGGUGUUUCGGAGUUUACAUCCUUUCACUUUUACAGAUACUGCGGCGGGCCUCCUGGUCCGCAGCAUACACCUGGUCACCCAGAGGCUCAACUCUCAGUGGAGGUCCGACAUGAGCAUCUCACUGGCCGCCCUGGAGCUGCUGGCGGGCCUGGCCAAGGUGACUACACUACACCACAACACCGCAUGCUAGACCUAACUAGACCUACAGUGUGGGGGGAAAAGUAUUUGAUCCCCUGCUGAUUUUGUACGUUUGCCCACUGACAAAGAAAUGAUCAGUCUAUAAUUUUAAUGGUAGGUUUAUUUGAACAGUGAGAGACAGAAUAACAAACAAAAAAAUCCAGAAAAACGCAUGUAAAAAAUGUUAUAAAUUGAUUUGCAUUAUAAUGAGGGAAAUAAGUAUUUGACCCCCUCUCAAUCAGAAAGAUUUCUGGCUCCCAGGUGUCUUUUAUACAGGUAACGAGCUAAGAUUAGGAGCACACUCUUAAAGGGAGUGCUCCUAAUCUCAGCUUGUUACCUGUAUAAAAGACACCUGUCCACAGAAGCAAUCAAUCAAUCAGAUUCCAAACUCUCCACCAUGGCCAAGACCAAAGAGCUCUCCAAGGAUGUCAGGGACAAGAUUGUAGACCUACACAAGGCUGGAAUGGGCUACAAGACCAUCGCCAAGCAGCUUGGUGAGAAGGUGACAACAGUUGGUGCGAUUAUUCGCAAAUGGAAGAAACACAAAAUAACUGUCAAUCUCCCUCGGCCUGGGGCUCCAUGCAAGAUCUCACCUCGUGGAGUUGCAAUGAUCAUGAGAACGGUGAGGAAUCAGCCCAGAACUACACGGGAGGAUCUUGUCAAUGAUCUCAAGGCAGCUGGGACCAUAGUCACCAAGAAAACAAUUGGUAACACACUACGCCGUGAAGGACUGUAAUCCUGCAGCGCCCGCAAGGUCCCCCUGCUCAAGUAAGCACAUAUACAGGCCCGUCUGAAGUUUGCCAAUGAACAUCUGAAUGAUUCAGAGGAGAACUGGAUGAAAGUGUUGUGGUCAGCUGAGACCAAAAUGGAGCUCUUUGGCAUCAACUCAACUCGCCGUGUUUGGAGGAGGAGGAAUGCUGCCUAUGACCCCAAGAACACCAUCCCCACCGUCAAACAUGGAGGUGGAAACAUUAUGCUUUGGGGGUGUUUUUCUGCUAAGGGGACAGGACAACUUCACCGCAUCAAAUGGACGAUGGACGGGGCCAUGUACCGUCAUAUCUUGGGUGAGAACCUCCUUCCCUCAGCCAGGGCAUUGAAAAUGGGUCGUGGAUGGGUAUUCCAGCAUGACAAUGACCCAAAACACAUAGCCAAGGCAACAAAGGAGUGGCUCAAGAAGAAGCACAUUAAGGUCCUGGAGUGGCCUAGCCAGUCUCCAGACCUUAAUCCCAUAGAAAAUCUGUGGAGGGAGCUGAAGGUUCGAGUUGCCAAACGUCAGCCUCGAAACCUUAAUGACUUGUGACCUUAAUGAAGAUCUGCAAAGUUGAUGUGUGCAAACCUGGUGGCCAACUACAAGAAACGUCUGACCUCUGUGAUUGCCAACAAGGGUUUUUCCACCAAGUACUGUUUUGCAGAGGGGUCAAAUACUUAUUUCCCUCAUUAAAAUGCAAAUCAAUUUAUAAAAAUUUUUGACAUGCGUUUUUCUGGAUUUUGUUAUUAUUCUGUCUCUCACUGUUCAAAUAAACCUACCAUUAAAAUUAUAGACUGAUCAUGUCUUCGUCAGUGGGCAAAUGUACAAAAUCAGCAGGGGAUCAAAUACUUUUUUCCCUCACUGUAACUACACUAAGCUAUACCUAACUAGCCUCCCGAGUGGCACAGCGUUCUAAGGCACUGCAUCGCAUGCUUGAGGCGUCACUACAGACCCGGGUUCGAUCCCAGGCUGUGUCACAACCGCCCGUGACCGGGAGUCCCAUAGGGCGGCGCACAAUUGGCCCAGCGUCGUCCGGGUUAGGGGAGGGUUUGGCUGGGGGGGCUUUACUUGGCUCAUUGCGCUCUAGCGACUCCUUGUGGCGGGCUGUACACCUUCACACUGACUUCGGUCAUCAGUUGAACGGUGUUUCCUCCGACACAUUGGUGUGGCUGGCUUCCGGAUUAAGUGGGCGGGUGUUAAGGAGUGCAGUUUGGCAGGUCGUGUUUCGGAGGAUGCAUGACUCGACCUUCGCCUCUCCCGAGCCCGUUGGGGAGUUGCAGCGAUGAGACAAGAUCGUAAUUGGAUAUGACUAAAUUGGGGAGAAAAAGGGAGGUAAUAAAAUAAUAAUAAAACAAAACCAACCCUAACUAGACCUAACUUCACUAAAUUGUACCAAACUACACUAAACUAGACCUAACUACACUAAACUAGACCUAACUACACUAAACUAUACCUAACUACUGUACACUAUCCUAACACAUGCUAGACCUUACUUCGAGAUGUAGUUGGAGUAUACUGAACUUCAAUAUACUCCAACUUCACUAUACCACCUAGGUAUCCCCCUUUCCUUUCCCACCCCAUCCCUAACCUAAGUACCCAAAGACAUCCAAGCUCUAACAUGACUUAACAUACACUGGCCCUAACUUCACUACAUAUAAAUCCAUUAUAUUGUUAUCACCACUGCACACGCUGAGACCUAACACCAGUCCACCACACCAGACCCAGCCACUACUCAACUUCCACCCAGCUGUAAAACACUCUUCUGCAAGGGAUAACCCCUAAUAAAAAGAUAAUGCAUUGAAAAGGAGUGUAUUAAGGCUAAGCAUCCACCCAACCAAUGCAUAUCUAAAGUGUGUUUCUGGCUUUGUGUCCUCAGGUGAAGGCAUGUGUGGACUCUGCGGACCGUAAGCGUGCCGUCACCUCAGUGUGUAGUUACAUCGUGUACCAAUGCAGCCGGCCGGCCCCCCUUCACUCCAGAGACCUCCACUCCAUGAUCGUAGCGGCCUUCCAGUGUCUGUGUGUGUGGCUGACCGAGCACCCCGACAUGCUGGAUGAG